AUGGUCUGGGAAAACCUGCUCAAUACUGCUCAAUCUUUUCUGGAAGAAUUAGAACUGAAGGAAGAUGAAGAGUCGCUCAGUGUGAAGUUUUGGCACGCUAAAUGCACUCUUUGUACUGAAACAUGUUCCAACCUUCGUCAACUGUUGCAACAUGAAAACAAACCGCUCUUGGCCCCUCCAGUUCAAGUGCUGAUGGUAAUCGGUGGAAUAAUAGGAAACCGAGAGACUUCUGGAAAACUUCAUAGAUCGAAUCAGUUGGAACGUGAGUGUGAAUCACUCCUCCAGGUAGUACUCAAACGACAAUGUCACUGUACCAUAAGAGAUUUGCUUCUGUGUAAACCUCAGCCGUCUUCACAACCCCACACAGAAACACUUGCUUUGCAAUUUCUGCGCUUGUGCGUAGCACAGAUUGCCCGUUCUCCGGCUCAGAAUCACGAGGAGGCGCUUAACUACCGUCCACUAUUCAGAGACGCACUAAUUUGGCUAUCUGAACAACUGGACUAUCCAGAGAUGGCUGGGGACGAGUUUAUAGGUGUAUUACAACCAUUUGGACUUCGUUUAUGCGGUGAUCACAGGCCAGCAAUACAGUUGGCCGGAUUGAAGUUACUGAGUGGACUUGCAAAAAAGGCUCGUAUUGCUGACUGGCGUUCAUCAAAUCGAGCGGAAGCUGUGAUUAAUCAACUAUUUGAACAUCGCCUCGGAUGUGGCCCUGGGUCGAGUGAACUAGUUCUCGAUGCAGUGUAUAAGACCAUGUUCAUGUUAUUUCGGCUUCUAGAUAGUUCCAAAUCGCAUACUUGGUGGAAUAAAAUUGCCGAUCGUCUUUUAUUUGACAUCAUCAUGGAGGGAAAAAAGUUAAGGCUCACUGUACUGCUGCGUCAUAUGUUAACUGUUAUUCAACUGAUGAAAACCGACUUCGCAGGACACAGUCGUGGCUUUUUACAUGCAGUUUCUGUGGUACUCCUCGGACCUCGCACUCCAAAUUACUUGAAAAAGACGCUUCCUGAUGAUGCUCAAGAUGAAACUGUUCACUCCCUUAUGCUUCAGUGCAUUCAACAAUUUAUUCGAUUCAGCUGGCCAAUAGUAUCUCCUACGCUGUUGCCCUCCUUGAUUUCACCGCUUGUGGCAUUUGUUGAUCUGACUCAUGCAACAACCGUUUGUGAGGUUAACGCGACGCACGACCAGGAGAAUUCCGCUCAUUGUCCGGAAACCAUAACCGAGGUUCUCACGGCUCUCGUCGAUUUAGAACCCAGAAUACUGUCAGACAUUCUUAUUCCGGUCUGCACGACUGUUCCAGCUUUAAAACAAUACAUACCUGCCUCCUGUGAAUAA